AUGUUGUUGAGAUUUAGCAAGCAAUAUCAAUUUAGUCAGAUAGGAAGAAUGAAAUAAAGAAAAAGAAGCCAUAUAAAAUAUUUUAGUAAACCAAUCAUUGAGGUAUGAAUUAUGAAUUUUAAUUAGGGUCAAUAUGGCGUAGUUCCAGCAAGAGCAGUACCUUCGCAUAUUCAAAGACCAAACUAUAUAAGUACAAGAACAAUUAAGCAUAAUAGGUGAAACAAAGCCUGUCUAUGGGAUAUAUGAAGGAGCACCUGUAGUUCAUAGUUAAGAUAUGAUCCAAAGUAAAAACAUCAUUUAAAAUAAGAAUUAAGAAAGGCAGCGUAAAUCGCAGCAAAAACUGCUUAUGUGGCUUAAAAAUCAGUGAAAUAGGGAAUGACAACGGAUGAUUUGGAUAAGAUAGUUCAUGAAUUCAUAAUUUCACAAAAUGCAUAUCCUUCACCAAUAGGAUUCAUGGGUUUUCCUAAGAGUGUUUGUACAUCAGUGAAUGAAGUGUGUUGUCACGGAAUACCUAAUCUUAGACCUUUAGAUGGUGGGGAUUCCUUAAACAUUGAUGUGACUAUCUUUUAUGAUGGAGUGCAUGGAGAUACUAGUGUUAUGGCAUAGGUUCCUGAAAUGAAUCCAGAAAUCACUAAAUUAAUAGAUACGACUUAAAAAGUUAUAAAUUAAUUGCACAAUAGAAUAGGCUCUUUAUGAAGCGAUUAAAAUUUGUAAGCCAGGGUAGAAAUUCAGUAAAAUUGGAGAUAUCGUUGAAGAAGUAGCUGGAGACGAAGGAUUUACAGUUUGCGAAUUAUUUACAGGACAUGGCAUAGGUGAAUUGAUGCAUAUGCCUCCUACAAUAAUCCAUAAUUGUAAAUUUAAUAUCAAAUAUAAAAAGUUAAUGAUUAUCCAGGAGUGAUGGUUCCAGGAAAUGUAUUUACGAUUGAACCUAUUCUCUUGAUGCGCCAUGAUUAAUAUUUGAUGUGGAAGGAUAACUUUACUGUUGUUUCUCCAGAUAAUCCUAGUGGUAUUGCAAACUUAUCUAUUUAGCUCAAUGGGAACACAUGGUUUUAAUAACUGAAAAUGGGUAUGAGGUUUUAACAAAGAGAGAAGAUGAGACUGGUAUAUGACUUAUAUUUUAAUAAUUAUUU